CUGCCUUUCCAGAGGAAGCGGCGACGGGAGUUGCGUCACAAACGCUUGCCGCUCUAGGACGUCACACUCGCUCUCCUUAACCCCGGAGUUCCGCAGGAGAUGCAGAGGCUGCAGGAGGGUCUGGCAGGCAGAGCGCCAGACGUGCCCCUGAUACAGAAACUUGAAGCCAUUUGAAAUCUUUGCAAGCAAAAUUUUCUCUUCGAAAAAAAAAGAGCAGAAUAACUUAGAGGGAUCAGUCCUGCAGCACCAGAAAUGGUUCUAUGAAGGAAAAGGCACCUGGAGUCCCACCAGAGCCAUUUGGAGUUGCUCUGCAAGAGAGAGAAAGGAUGGAGACACAACCUUUUGGAAAGGAGGAAACCGGAAAAGGCCCUUCAGCUGCUCAGCCUGAGAGCUGUGGGGAGAUCUGGACAAGAGCUGGGCAGAAGAUCCUGGUGGAGGAAAGCAUCCUCCCUUCAGAAGUUCAGCCCUGGAAUUUCAUCCAAUAUCAAGAGGCUGAAGGUCCUCGAAGAUUUUGCGGCCGCCUCCAUGACUUUAGUAGGCGAUGGCUAAGAUCAAAAAAGUGCAGCAAAGCCCAGAUGCUGGAUCUGGUGGUUCUGGAGCAGUUCCUGGCUCUCCUGCCCCCAGAGAUGGAGAGCUGGGUGCGGGAGUAUGGAGCAGAGACCAGCUCCCAGGCGGUGGCCCUGGUGGAAGGCUUCUUCCUGAGCCAGGCGGAAGAGCAGAAGGAGCAGGUGGAGUUGCAGUGCUGCACUGUGGAGGUCAGAGAUCCUGAGGGAAAGAGGAAUCCAUCAAAUCCCUCUCAGGAACUAUUUUUUAGGAAGAUCCCUUGGGAGGAUCAAAGUCAGGAGACCUCAGGAGAAAAAGAAAGAAUGGAAUUUUCUGAUUUUUCCGACGGCGAUCAAAUAGCGGCUGAACCUCUAAAUCAAGAGAGUCUUGUGUCCUUCGAGGAGGUGGCUGUGUAUUUCUCAGAGGAGGAAUGGUCUCACCUGGAUCCUGACCAAAAAGCGCUGCAUUCGGAAGUCAUGCUUGAAAACCAUAGGAACGUGGUCUCUCUGGGUAAUAAUGGUCAGAAGAAUCAAGAUUGCUGUGAACUGUUCCAAGUGAUCAAUGCUAAAGAUGGAACGGGAAAGUUUGGAAUUCGAACGGAAUUAGAAACCCAUGAUAGAAACCAGUCAAAUGAUUGGAAUCAGGAAAGCUCAUCUUCCACCGAUGCUCCGAUGCAAAACUUUCUUGCCCAACAGAAAAAAAUAAGGAAAAAAUAUAUUGGGAAAAGUUUGAAGCCAAUCAAAGCUAAAUUACAAGUAAAAGAACACUAUUUAAGCCAAAACAAAGAAGAAGAUGGUAUAAGAAGACACAACGGACAAAGUUACAAUGAGACAUUCGUUCCUUCUCUUGGAAAUAAGUUCCUUACACCUCAAAAAAUGAUUGACGCAAAAGAAAAGCCUUACCAAUGUUUGGAAUGUGGAACAUGUUUUACAACAAGCAGGCAACUUACUUCCCAUGAAAGGAUUCACACUAUGGAGAAGCUAUACAAAUGCAGAGAGUCUGGUAACAGGUUCAGAAGACGUAGUAAUCUUAUUUCCCAUAAAAGGAUCCACUCAGGAGAGAAACCGUAUAAAUGCGUGCAGUGUGGAAAGACCUUUGCUCAAAGAGGUCAUCUUACUUCCCAUAAGAGGAUUCACACAGGGGAAAAGCCAUUUAAAUGCCUGGAGUGGAAAGCUUUGCUCAAGAGGUCAUCUUAUUUCCAUAAGAGGAUCCACACAGGAGAGAAACCGUAUAAAUGCAUGGAGUGUGGAAAGACCUUUGCUCAAAGAGGUUAUCUUAUUUCCCAUAAGAGGAUCCACACAGGGGAGAAGCCGUAUAAAUGCCUGGAGUGUGGAAAGACCUUUGCUCAAAGAGGUCAUCUUAUUCGCCAUAAGACAAUCCACACAGGGGAGAAGCCAUAUAAAUGCACGGAGUGUGGAAAGACAUUUGCUUAUAGUAAUGGACUUACUAUCCAUAAAAUGAUCCACACAGGGGAAAAACCAUUUAAAUGCAUGGAGUGUGGAAAGACCUUUGCUCAAAGAGGUAAUCUUAUUUCCCAUAAGAGGAUCCACACAGGAGAGAAACCGUAUAAAUGCAUGGAGUGUGGAAAAACCUUUGCUCAGAACAGUGGACUUACAAUCCACAAAAAGAUCCACACAGGUGAGAAGCCAUUUAAAUGCAUGGAAUGUGGAAAGACCUUUGCUUGUAAUAGUCAAUUUACUAGCCAUAAGAAGAUCCACACAGGAGAGAAACCAUAUAAAUGCAGGGAGUGUGGAAAGACCUUUGCUCAGAGCAGUGGACUUACUAUCCACAAAAAGAUCCACACAGGUGAGAAGUCAUUUAAAUGCAUGGAAUGUGGAAAGACCUUUGCUUGUAAUAGUCAACUUACUAGCCAUAAGAAGAUCCACACGGGGGAGAAGCCAUAUAAAUGCAUGGAGUGUGGAAAGACCUUUGCUCAGAGCAGUGGACUUACUAUCCACAAAAAGAUCCACACAGGUGAGAAGUCAUUUAAAUGCAUGGAAUGUGGAAAGACCUUUGCUUGUAAUAGUCAACUUACUAUCCACAAAAAGAUCCACACAGGGGAGAAGCCAUAUAAAUGCAUGGAGUGUGGAAAGACCUUUGCUCGAAGAUAUCACCUUAAUUGCCAUACAAUGAGCCACACAGGGGAGAAACCAUAUGAAUGCAUGAAUUGUGGAAAGACAUUUGCUCGAAAGCAUAGUCUUAGUUGCCAUAACAAUAUCCACACAGGAGAGAAACCAUAUAAAUGCAUGGGGUGCGGAACGACCUUUGCUCGAAGAGAUCAUCUUAUUUCCCAUAAGAGGAUCCACACAGGAGAGAAACCAUAUAAAUGCAUGGAGUGUGGAAAGACAUUUGCUUAUAAAGGUAAUCUUAUUUGCCAUAAGAUAAUCCACACAGGGGAAAAGCCAUAUAAAUGCAUGGAGUGUGGAAAGACCUUUGCUCAAAAAGGUAAUCUUAUUUGCCAUAAGAUGAUCCACACAGGAGAGAAACCAUAUAAAUGCAUGAAUUGUGGAAAGACAUUUGCUUGGAAAUCUGGUCUUAUUUGCCAUAACAAAAUCCACACAGGAGAGAAACUAUAUAAAUGCAUGGAAUGUGGAAAGAGUUUUGUUCAGAGUUGUCAUCUUACUUCUCAUAAAAGGAUCCACACUCGGAAGAAAAUAUGUAGUAAUAGCAAUUCCACUGGCAUCGCUGGCAGCCACUUCCUGCAUUUCAGGAGGUCCGUGCUCUUCCCGCUGGUGCUUGGCCUCCUCGAUGCACGGAGGCAGAAGGCGGAGGUCCGUGCUCUUCCCGCUGGUGCUUGGCCUCCUCGAUGCACGGAGGCAGAAGGCGGCAGUCACGUCAUGGGUUUCGUUCACUGCCUGCAAGCUCUGGGCAGCAAGCAGCCGAGCAAGCAAGCCAGCAAUCUGCAGGCUGCCUCUAAUCUGCAGUUUACUCAUGAGCACCAUCGGCCUUUCUCCCUGUCUCUCCCGGCCAAUGGUAAUAAUGGGCAGGAGAAUCAAGAUUCCUGGGAACUGUUCCAAGUGACCAAUGGAAGGGAGAAGUUUGGAAUUCAAAUAGAAUUCGAAAGCCAUGAGAGUAACCAGUCAAAGAACUGGAAUCAGGAUAGCCCAUCUUCCACUGAUGCUCUGAUGGAUGACUUUCUUGCCCAACAAGAGAAACCAUAUAAGUUCCUUACACCUCAAAAAAUGAUUGACACAAAAGAGAAGCCUUUUAAAUGUUUGGAAUGUGGAAAAUGUUUUAGAAUAAGCAGGCAUCUUACUUCCCAUGAAAGGAUUCACACUGGGGAGAAGGUAUACAAAUGCAGAGAGUGUGGUAACAGGUUCAGCACUCACAGUAAUCUUAUUUCCCAUAAAAGGAUCCACACAGGAGAGAAACCAUAUAAAUGCAUGGAGUGUGGAAAGAGUUUUACUUGGAGUGGUGUACUUAUUACUAACCACAAAAAGAUCCACACAGGAGAGAAACCAUAUAAAUGCAUGGUGUGUGGAAAGACCUUUGCUCUGAGCGAUAAACUUACUAUUCACAAAACGAUGCACACAGGAGAGAAACCAUUUCAAUGCAUGGAAUGUGGAAAGAUCUUUGCUCGAAGAGGUACUCUUAUUUGCCAUGAAAGGAUUCACACAGGGGAGAAGCCAUAUAAAUGCAUAGAGUGUGAAAAGACGUUUACUCGUAGCAGUGGACUUAGAAGCCACAAAAUGAUCCACACAGGGGAGAAGCUGUAUAAAUGCAUGGAGUGUGGAAAGACCUUUGUUCAAAACAGUAAUCUAAUUUCCCAUAAGAUGAUCCACACAGGGGAGAAGCCAUAUAAAUGCAUGGAGUGUGGAAAGACCUUUGCUAAACACAGUUAUCUUACUUCCCAUAACAAAAUCCACACAGAGGAGAAGCCAUAUAAAUGUAUGGAGUGUGGAAAGAGCUAUGCUCAGAAUGGAAGUCUUAUUUCUCAUAAAAGGUUCCAUGCUCGGGAGAAACCAUAUAAAUGCAUGGAGUGUGGAAAGACCUUUACUCUGAGCAGUAGACUUACUGUCCACAAAAAGAUCCACACAGGGGAAAAGCCACAUAAAUGCUUGGAGUGUGGAAAGACCUUUACUCAAAGAGGUAAUCUUAUUUCCCAUAAGUUGAUCCACACAGGAGAGAAACCAUUUAAAUGCAUGGAGUGUGGAAAGACCUUUGCUCAACGCAGUUAUCUUGCUUCCCAUAAAAAGAUCCACACAGGAGAAAAGCCAUAUAAAUGCAUAGUGUGUGGAAAGACCUUUCCUCUAAGCAGUAGACUUACUAUCCACAAAAAGAUCCACACUGGGGAAAAGCCAUUUAAAUGCAUGGAAUGUGGAAAGACCUUUGCUCGAAGAGAUCAUCUUAUUUCCCAUAAGAUGAUCCACACAGGGGAGAAGCCAUAUAAAUGCAUGCAAUGUGGGAAAACCUUUACUCAUAGCAGAGGACUUACUAUCCACAAAAAGCUCCACACAGGAGAGAAACCAUAUAAAUGCAUGGACUGUGGAAAGACCUUUGUUCUGAACAGUAGACUCGCUAUCCAUAAAAAGAUCCAUAUAGGAGAAAAGCCGUAUAAAUGCAUCGAAUGUGGAAAGACUUUUGCUUUGAGCAGGAGACUCACUAUCCACAAAAAGAUCCACACAGGAGAAAAGCCGUAUAAAUGCAUGGAGUGUGGAAAGACCUUUGCUCUGAACAGUAGGCUCGCUAUCCACACAAAGAUCCAUACCGGGGAAAAGCCAUACGAAUGCAUGGAGUGUGGAAAGACCUUUGCUCAAAGAGGUAAUCUGAUUUCCCAUAAGAUGACCCACAUAGGGGCGAAGCCGUAUGAAUGUAUAGAGUGUGGAAAGAAAUUUGCUCAACGCAGUUAUCUUGCUUCCCAUAAAAAAAUCCACACAGUUGAGAAACCAUAUAAAUGCAUGAAUUGUGGAAAGACCUUUGCUCAACGCAGUUAUCUUGCUUCCCAUAAAAAAAUCCACACAGUGGAGAAGCCAUAUAAAUGCAUGGAAUGUGGAAAGAGCUUUGCUCGGAAUCGUAGUCUUACUUCUCAUAAAAGGAUCCACGCUCAGGAGAAACUACAGAGUAAUAGCAAUUCCACUUAGACUUAUGUACCACUCCACAGUGCUUUGCUGCACUCUUAAGAGAUUUACAAAGUCAGCAUAUUGUCCCCAGCAAUCUGGGUCCUCAUUUUACUGACCUCAAAAAGAUGAAAUGCUGAAUCAACCUUGAGCCAGUCAGGAUCUCCCCGCUGUGUGCAAUUAACCUGCAUUCUAACCCUCUGCCCCAUGUCUCUACAUAUUUUUAUGUGUAUGCAUAUUUUGCCUUUCUGAUCCAAAUGAGUCUAGAUUAAUCCAACAAAAUGAAAUGUAAUGUGGAGAAAAGCAAGGUUUUACACCUGGCAGGAAAAACAGAUUAGGUGAAACCUGGCAGAAAAACAGUAACUGUGAGAGGGACCUUGGAGUCCUAAUGGAUGAUAACUUAAGCAUUAGUCAGCUAUGUAUAGCAGAAGCCAAAAAAACUAAUACAAUUCUUGGUUGUAUAAGCAGAGGCAUAGAAUCAAAGUCACAUCAAGUAUUAGUACCACUUCAUAAAGCCUUAAUAAGACCUCACUUGGUAUACUGCAUCCAGUUUUGGCCAUCACGUUACAAAAAAGAUGUUGAGACUUUUGAAAGAAAUGAAAAGAAUAGCAGCUAUGCUGAUUAAAAGCCUAAAGACUAAACCAAGAAUGGUUGCAGAAUUUGAAUUUGGCUAGUCUAGAGAAAAGAAGGAUUAGGAAUGACAUGAUAGCAAUAUUCUGGUAUUUCAGAGAUUGCCACAAGGAGGGAGUAAUUCUCCCCCCCAAAGCAUCAGAGGACAAGACAAGAAAACAAUGGAUCGAAACUAAUCAAGGAGAGAAGCAACCUGGAAUUUCCUUACAGUGAGUUCAAUUAACCACUGAAACAGCCUGCCUUUAGACAUUGUGGUGCUUUCAUCACUAAACAUUUUAAAGAAGAGACUGGUCAAUCGCUUGUGUGAAAUGAUAUAGGAUCUCCUACUUGAGCUGGACUAGAAGAGCUCCAAGUUCCCUUCCAGCUCUAUUCUGAUUUUGAUUCUUUCUUGUGCUUUUUCACUAAGUAGGAGGUUAUAAAGCAAAAUGAGCAUCAGUGGAGAUGAAGGUUAUCAUGUGGCCUGAAAGUGAUGUGUGGCGACCGAUAUUUAAGUGGUGGAGAUUCCCUAAUCAUUUCAAGAAACUCCCUCUGAUGAGUAUACCCACUAGGGCAGAGUUGCAGUCAAAAAUGCAAUUAGUCUAGAAUCCCUUACUAUUGUUUUAGCUUUUCUUAUUUUGCUUACUAUUGUCACAGUCCGUCUUUCCACCGUGCUUCAUAUUAUGUAAUGUAAUAAAUGAGAAACAUAACCAUAAGGAGAAGGGGGUUAUAGUGAUGCUGAAUUAGAAAAUGCAACUCAUGGAUUUUGUCCUAAUUUUCUGGUGAUCUUUCCUUGCCUUCCCUCGUGUUGCCCAUCUCUGGAUUCACACAAUCUUAGUAGUAUCUUUUUUUAAAGUGAGGUCUCCAGAACUGGACACAGUAUUCCAAAUGGUGUCUCAUUAAAGCCCUAUGUAGAGGGAUAGUACCUCCUUUUUCUUGAUGGUGAUAUCUUUGGUACUGCAUCCUAGCAUUUUGUUUGCCUUCACAGCUGCCUGGCCGCACUGUUUACUUCUUUUGCAGUUAUCAUUGUUUCAGUGCCAUGAACUGAACUUCUUUCACAUAGUUCUGUAAAAAAAGUGUUGCUUGAAGUCAUAUAUUAAAACAUAGAAGUUCUAGCAUUGUGGAAAUACCUUUGUGUCUGUUCCAAGCUUCCUCCACACAGGGAGCGUUAAAGCAAGUAGUGUCAAUUCUCAAAACAACCCUAGCUGAAUCCAUAUCAUAGUUUAGAUUAUUAUGUAUAUUUCUUUUCCACCAAUUUCCUUUUCUUUCAUCAGAAGAGGCUGGAGGGGUCUCUUCCCGUUCUGGUCCCCUCUUUGCUGUAAUGUUGAGGGAAUAAUUUGAGAAAGGCAGCUGUAUUUAUUGACUUAAAGAAAUAAAAAAAAACAAAUCAAUAAACAAUCAUUUUCCUCAUUGUGGCCUUUCC